AUCACCAUAAGGGCAAACCACUUUCUUAACCCUUCCCUCUACAUACCACUUACAGUUGGGGGUCAAAUCUUGCUACGGACAGAACAGGAGUCAUGCCGGCUGCUAAGAAUGGAGAUAUAAAGCGCAAGUCGGAGGACACUGGUGACCUCUCGCCGAAGAGAAUAAAGGUCUCCGAGUCUCCCGAGGAAUCGAAGAAACCAAAGGCACUGUUCAGGGAAUCCAACGCCGUCCUCGAGGAGCGCAAUGGCGAUAUCGAAUUCCGUGUCGUUAACAAUGACAACUCGAGUCAGAGCACGAUCAUACUGACUGGUCUCAAAAAUAUCUUCCAGAAACAGCUUCCAAAGAUGCCCAGGGACUACAUUGCAAGACUGGUCUACGAUCGCACGCAUUUGUCCAUGGCUAUUGUUAAGAAGCCAUUGGAGGUUGUCGGUGGUAUUACAUAUCGACCUUUCAAAGGUAGACAAUUUGCUGAAAUCGUGUUCUGCGCUAUCUCGUCCGAUCAGCAAGUUAGAGGAUAUGGUGCCCAUCUUAUGUCCCAUUUGAAGGACUAUGUCAAAGCUACCUCGGAUGUGAUGCACUUUCUCACCUACGCGGACAACUAUGCUAUUGGGUACUUUAAGAAACAGGGAUUCACUAAAGAAAUUACUCUCGACAAGCACAAAUGGAUGGGGUAUAUCAAGGAUUAUGAAGGAGGAACCAUUAUGCAGUGUUCCAUGAUCCCUCGGAUUAGGUAUUUGGAGGCGGGGAAGAUGCUAGCAAAACAGAAGGAAGCUGUUCAUUUGAAGACGAGAUCUAUCUCAAAGUCUCAUAUUAUUCACCCUGCUCCAAAAGCCUUCAAGAACGGGCCAUGCAAAAUUGACCCAACUUCUAUCGCGGCUAUCAAGGACGCGGGGUGGUCGCCCGAAAUGGACGAACUCGCUCGGCAGCCAAAGCAUGGCCCGCACUACGGGCAGCUCCUCCAUAUCCUCAACGAGAUGCAAAACCACCAGGCCUCAUGGCCCUUCCAAAAACCCGUUAGCCAGGACGAAGUUCCAGACUACUACAAUGUGAUCACGGAGCCGAUGGAUCUCGAGACGAUGGAAAAGAGGCUUGAACAAGACGCAUACGGAUCGCCUGAGGACUUUGUCCGUGAUGCCAAGCUAAUUUUCACCAAUUGCCGACGCUACAAUAAUGAGAGCACAUCGUAUUGGAAAAACGCGAACAAGCUUGAGAAGUUUAUGAAUUCGAAGUUGAAGGAGAUACCGGAGUGGUCGGUACGUAAUCCCCCGUGAAAAGAUAAUAAUUCAAAGAUGGGGAUUUCAGUUCCCUCUUUUUUCCCUUCCUUCCUCUUUUUUCCCUUUUUUUUCCCUUUUUUUUUGCACAACCUUCCCUCCCCUCUUUCUCUCCCCCUUCCACACUUCCACACUUUAGAUGGGGUAUGGUGGUGGUGGUGGUGGUGAUGGAAUUUGCAUGUUAUCCGCCAUUCCGAUUGGGAAAGAAAGAAAGAAAGGGGGGUUGAGAGUACCGGUAAUUCGAGGCGAGCUCUGGCUGACUAAGUGGCGGUUGGUCAUUUAGCAUCUCGUGGAAUAAGUUAAGUGAGAGAGGAAAAAGCUGAGGAACAUGAGGCAUUGCUUCCUCUUCUGAAACGGAUUGCUGUGUAUCAUAGACUUUUUUUUUUUUCCUCCUCUCCGACGAAUAAACUAUAAUAAUAUUAUAAUACUUA